AUGCGCUACAUCUUUGCUUUUCUUUCCAUUCUGACUCUGGUCAAUGCCCAGUUUGGUGGCUUUUUCGAUCAGAUGUUUAAUCAACAGGGCGGCAACGAGCACCAUCAACCGCAACAACAGAACAACCCUAGUGAUGCGAACCAUUAUAAACACAAUUACGAGAACUCCGUCUGCGACAAGUACCUCUGCCCCGAUACCCUCGCUUGCGUCCAUUUCCCUCACCACUGUCCCUGUGCCUGGGACGCUCAACAAGAGAAGUUCGAACUAGGCGAAGGACUACGUCUCUGUGUAUCCCGUGGUGGUUUCCGUGAAGGCGAGACGGCCAGGAAGAUUGAGCUUGCACGAAAGGGUUUACUCUGA